UUGAACCUUAUUCUCUGAAUUAGGCCAGGAAAAUCCACGGAGAGAUACAAAAUUAAUGAUAAGUGGGAUACUAUAAAGAGAGGAGGCAGGUAUUAGUGACAGGUGGUUAUUAGUGUGCCAGCAAUUUCCAACUUAACUACCAUACUGCUACUAUUUUUCAGCAGAGAGGCCUUAAAAAUAUCCAGAUCUUUCUGACUUCCAACAGCAGCACUACAAGAAUUUAAAUGCAAAAAUUUAGAGUGCAAAUAUUUGCCUUCCCAGCUUUCAUAGAUUUCACUCAAUUGGCCUUCACCUGGUCACAACCUCCCACUCACAGUCUCCGAUGGAAGAAGUCUACAUUUAGUAACAUAAAUACUGGCUAGUUUAUCUCAUGCCCAUGUCAAGGUGAGCUUGUUGUAUAAAGACACCAGUUUCCUUUGUCCCCAGUCUCUCUGUCAAGUCCUGCAAGAAUGAAGUUCCUGGCCCUGCUUUUCCUGCUGUCGGUGGCCGCAGCCAGCGCUGAUUUCUCUUCCCGGGCCGUGUGGCUGUUCCGCAAGAUGAUCAAGUGCACGACGCCAGGCAGCCACCCGCUGCUGGACUACGGCGACUACGGCUGCUACUGCGGCUUGGGAGGCAGCGGGACUCCAGUGGACGAGCUCGACAGGUGCUGCCAAGUACAUGAUAACUGCUACGAACAGGCAAUGGAAAUAGAAUCAUGCAGAUUCCUCCUGGACAACCCCUACACUAAGUUCUACAGGUUCAGCUGCUCCAACGGGCAGAUUACAUGCAGCAACAAGAACGACGAGUGCUCCAUGUUCAUCUGCAACUGCGACCGCGCCGCUGCCAUGUGCUUCGCCAAGGCGCCCUACAACCCCGAACACCAUAAGCUGGACACAGACGAAUACUGCAAAUAGUCUCCCUCGUGGCCCUCAGGGGGACCGCAGGACUUAAAAACCACCUCAAUAAAC